ACGACACAAUCAAACCCAAACGAACAAAAUGUUGAAUUGAAUCGUACCAGCCUCUACUGGGGGUUAUUACUGAUUUUUGUACUUGCUGUUUUAUUUUCCAAUUAUUUCUUCAAUUAA